CCAUUCUCGUCCUGGUGGGCAGUAUAUCCCAGUAGAAUAAGUUUUGCAGUAAAAAGAACAUCUCUCGCGACUGCACUGCUUCGGGUGCAGAUCAAACUGAUAAGGUGAAUUAGGUGCAAGUGUUAAAAAUAUUGUGUCUUACAGUUUCAACCAACUCUGAACACCAGCAGCAACAUUUCUCCGCCAUGACCUGCCCCUUUACGAGACACGCUCCGCCGACGGGGUCCUUCCAGCGGCAGCCCUCAAUCGCGGACGCACACAGCUGGAACCUGGACGAGGAGCUGAGCGAAAUCCCGGACGAUGCCCUCACGUUGUCCCAGCUGAACGCGGCCAUCCAGCUGCUGACGGCGCCCUCGAACGAGGAUGUUUACGAAGCGUUGAUGUCGCUGAUUGACAAGUACAGCAACAGGUGGCCUGGUUUGGCUAAAUUGAAAACGGAUCGAAACUCAUUAUCCAUCUAUCCACACUAUGAUUAUUUGGCUGAUGUGCAGGAUAACUUGAACCAAAUCGAUGCAGACGCCUCCGCGUACGACAUCCUGGUCCUGCUCGGCGAGGAGAUCAUCCACACCUCGUGCGUGGGCCUCAUCGAGCGUGCCUUCAAGUGUCUCGGCUCGAACCUGCAGGAAUUCCUCGGGUCGCUGGACGGCGUGUACGACGUGCUGAAGCUGCAGGAGGAGGACAUCACCGACACGGGGUUCGUUUGCGCCGGCGAGGGUGAACUGAUCUUCACCUCCGAGCGUCCGGUGCUGGCUUGGCUGCUGCUCGGAUGUCUGAGGGCGUUGAGUCGGCAGCUGUUUGGCCAUGAGCCGCAAAUCGAGAUGGAACCGAUCGAUGGAGACGUGCCGCGGUAUCGUUAUCUGUUCAAGAUUGACUACUUGGAGGAGCAGGUUUCGCCGUUGGUUCCGGACAGCAAAUCUAUGUUGAGGGAGAGUGUUUCGUCGGAUGUGCACGACUUGAAGAUGGACAACGACUUCUUCUGCAAGGCUUUUCCGUGGCAUUUCAUAAUGGAUGAGAACUUGAACUUGGUUCAGGUUGGUCAGGGGUUUAGUCGGCUGUUUAAGAACUACAUGGCCACGAGCGGACUGUCCGCUUGUACGUACUUUCGGUUCAAGCGUCCACGUGGACUGUCGCUAAAGUUCCGCGAGAUUGUACGCCGUACGAAUACUCCGUUCAUGAUUGCACUGCGAGCCCCUCCGGGUCGGCCGGACUUUUUCGCCAAAGGGCUGGAGAUUAAGGGUCAGAUGGUAUUUUGUCCAGAGUCCAACUCGUUGUUGUUCAUGGGAUCACCGUUUUUGGACGGAUUGGAAGGAUUGACCUGCAACGGACUCUUCAUUUCGGACAUUCCGUUGCACGACGCAACUCGCGAGGUCAUUUUAGUUGGUGAGCAGGCUCGUGCCCAGGAUGGUCUGCGACGACGAAUGGACAAGCUGAAGAGUUCCAUCGAGGAAGCGAACGUUGCCGUCACCAAGGAACGAAAGAAAAACGUCAACCUGCUGCAGUUGAUGUUCCCGGAGGAGAUCGCCGAGCGGCUCUGGCUGGGAGCGCAGAUUGACGCCAAGACCUACCCGGACGUUACGAUGCUGUUCAGCGACAUUGUCGGAUUCACGAGCAUCUGCUCGCGAGCUACCCCCUUCAUGGUCAUCAACAUGCUGGAGAGUCUGUACAAGCACUUUGACGAGCUGUGCGGCUUCUUUGACGUGUACAAGGUCGAAACAAUCGGCGAUGCGUACUGUGUGGCCAGUGGUCUGCACCGGGCCAGCAUCUACGACGCCCACAAGGUGGCCUGGAUGGCCCUGCGGAUGAUCGAAACCUGUUCGCUGUACAACACCCACGACGGACAGCACAUCCAGAUGCGUAUCGGACUCCACACCGGAACGGUCCUCGCCGGAGUCGUCGGCAGAAAAAUGCCCCGAUACUGCCUGUUUGGCCACAAUGUCACCAUCGCCAACAAGUUCGAGUCCGGCAGUGAGGCCUGCAAGGUCAACAUUAGCCCCACGACCAAGGAUUGGCUCAUCAAACACCCGGGCUAUGAGUUCCAACUGAAUCCCCGCGAUCCCUCCUGUAUGCCAAAGGAGUUUACCGAGUCACGUGGACUGACCUGUUACUUCCUAGAGGGCUAUCGACAUCCCACCCUGAGUGGUGAGGCCACCCUGCAGGAACACAUCGAGGCCGCCAUGCACGCCACCAACGAGGGAGCUGCUGCGACGGCGGUCGUCGAGGUUAAAUAAGCGAGUUUGAAAGAUUUUUUUAUUUACUCUCGAAAUCAAUAUAAAAGGAAUAAAAUAAAGCAUAACCAAGCUAUCAACCAAGUCGAUGUGGAAUUAGGAAAAAAAAAGUGUGUGUGUCAAAACCGCAAAGAAAAAAAAAAGUAAAUCAAUAAUUUAAUCUGGUCAAAGUAUCAAAGAAGUAGUUGUGACGAUCACUCUCCGUAGAGAAACCAGUAUUUGAGCUAGAGGAAUCGAUUGUAUUAGGAGAAUAAAAUGUUAUUUUGGAAAUUGUCAGAU